UAAAACCCAUAAAAAUGAGCCUUUUGGGUCCAGUUUAGGACCGAAUCUGGGAGGUUCUGUGUUACUGUAGAACUCCGGGGACAGUUUGGACUCAGACGGGUAAAGUUCUGAUGGUACAAUUGACUUUAGAAAGUUGACAACUUAUUUAAUACGUGAAAUAUUUCAGAUAAUUAUUUUUUGCUCCAUGUACAGUUCUAGUUAUUGGACUUGUGAAAUCAGUUUUUGUUUAUGGUUGGAGUUUACAUUGACUAAUUGCUGUAAAAAAAAGUGAUCAGAUGAAAAAUAGUUAAUUUUAAACUUAAUUAAAACUAACCUAAUCCAAUAAACAUUUUGUUUUGUUCAAUUCAAAAAUACUCUGCUGAUCCCUUCGGGAUCUGGUAUCAGUUCAUAUUUAUAGUUAUUAUCUCCCAGUCUGAAGUAUUAGCUGAAAGAUCAGCUGUUACUGAUCGCAGUAAACCUGCUUCAAAACGGAGCUGAUGAAAAUAUUCGUGUGAUAUCAGAUUCACAUCUUACCAAUAUUAUAGUCAUCAAUCAAACAAAAACUUGACAGAGAGCGGUUCUCCGGACUAAGGGUUUGGUUUAAGUAGAUCACAUUUCAGCAAACGGGUAGUUCAAGUGCUUCAGGUCACAAAAACACGAGAAUAAAGAACAUUCAGACAAAAACUUAAUGAAAAGUCAGAGAGCCGCUUUCCACCAGUACAGAGCUCGAUCAGAAAUGGCAGCAGUGAGGUGGAGACCUUUAGGAACAACGUCAAGAGAAGGUGCAGACAGACUGCAGUGAGGAACUUCAGUAUCUCCACAUGCAGAGAGUUUUUCAGGAUGCUAAUACUUCAGGGUUUGUCCAGGUCUGGAGUCCGGAGCUGCAGCAGGAUGUCUGCUCUUUCCUCCAAGCCCAGCCUGCGGCACAGCGUGUCAGAGUGGCUCAGCAACAACCAGCAGCUGGCCGCCACCGCGCAACACGAGCAACACGUUUCCCAGCAGGUCCGGCAGGAGGGCCGCACGCUGCGCAACGAGACCCACUGCAAGACGGUGUGGGAUGAGGGCGACACGUCUCGCAGGCUCAGCGAUCGGAUCUGGGACGUUUCCCGGUGGAGGAACGUCCUGGAAAUCUGCGCACAGAAAGUGGACGAGGAGAUGGAGGCUCUGACUCUGUCCAAAGAGCGGAGCGAGCUGGCCCUGGCCGCCACCUCCGUCCCCCUGGAGGUCACCAACGAGUGCCUGACGCUGCGGGAGGGCCGGCGCGGCUACGAGCUGGUCAGCGACCCGGUGGAGGCGCAGCUGAAGCAGGAGGUGGAGCUGAUCGAAGGCGUGCAGCAGCGUCUGCAGCGCAGCGUCCACCAGGCCUUCGAGCAGCUGGGCAUCCUGCAGGAGGUCCGACACCAGCUGACCUCUGACCUGCAGAACAAGAUGGAAGCUCUGGACAUCGACACGUCCUGCCUGUCCCUCACAACAAAGUCGCCGAGCGUCUCCCUGAAGACGAACCCGACCCGGAUACCGUCAGGUUCCUCCUCCCCCCAGGAGUGGGCGCAGUUCAGCCAGUAUAACGUGGCGCGAGCCCACGAGGCCGUCCUCGUUUCCCAGCAAAUGAGGGAGAACAUGAGCCUGAGCAGAGCGCAGGUCCAGAAUGAGUUGGAGGCUCAGCGCCGAGCCACAGAGUUCGCUCUCCGGAAGCGGAAGCACCACGAGGAGCAGGCCAGAGAUGAGCUGCAGUGGCAAAUCAAAACUACUGAGGAUGAAAUGGCAGCCAUGGAGGGCGACAUCCGUGGGCUGGACGCUGACCUGCAGGCCAAGACGGCCUCCCUGAAGCUGGCUCACACGCGGCUGGAGGCCAGGACCCGCAGGUCCGGCACGGAUCUGUGCCGCGACGAGGUGCAGCACGGCCUCGUUGCUGAGGUCCAGCAGCUGGAGGCCACCAUCCAGGCCCUGAAGCAGAAGCUGUCAGACGCUCAACUCUCUCUGCAGAAGAUGACGCUCCACCACGGCCGCAUGUGCCAGGAUCUCUCCAGAAAGCAGGAAGCCCUGUCUCUGGAAGAGCGCAGCAUGCAGUGCAGGACCCGCAUCACGUCUCAGUCCAGCUCCGACCGGACCGCGGUGCCGCUGGUUCCGCUCGUGAACUCCAGUGGGAGGAGCAACCUUCAGCUGCUGGCCCAGUGAGCAGACACCUCGGCUCCAGUCCAGGUCUGCGCCGGUCAGCACGGCGGUGUAGCUUUCAUUCAGUUUUUAUUUUUCCAUUUUUUUUUUGGAUAAUGGUUCCGUCUGGUUUUGGAUGCUGUGCACCUGGAUUGAUUUUUGAUAAUACUUUGCUAAUUUGUUCUGAUGUGUAACCAUAGCAACAAGGUGGUUUACAACUGGGAGCUGCUGAUUAACAUUGCAAAAGCUGAAAUAAUACCACAACUGAAGACAAAACCCCAGAGGAUUUGAAAAGGAAGCAGCGCAGGAGAGAGGAGGAGGAAGUUUAAACCAUCUCUAACGUCCAUCGCAAUGGGCAACCUGAGACUGUUGGCUGACAGGAUGAUGAAUUCAAGCCCUGACAAGGACUCAGAGUACAGGAAGUGCAGCGCAGUGUGUUUUACUGAGGCAUGGCUGCAGGGUUGCAUCCCAGACUCAAACAUCCCUCUGGCAGCCUUCCUCAGAGAUUUACAGAGGGAAAACAGAAGGAGGUGGAUCAACAGCAGAUGGUGUCCAGGACAUGUUUCUGUGAAGUGUCAUCUCACUGUCCAGACACUGACCUCUUGGCAGUACGACUCCGUUCACAUCAUUUUCCAACAGAGAUUUGUUUUACACUAAUAUCAAGGGUCCAUACAUCUCAUAAUGAAGAUCUUUUCUGGGAAAAUCAGAUCACAACCUUGUUUUUCUGGGCUCAGAUUAUAAGAAACUUGUGCAGAGACUAAAGAAAAUGAGUGCAACCAAGUGGCUAUAGGAAAGUGAAGAAGCCCUAAAAGGACGAGGCAACUGACUGGAUUGCUCUUUGCCAGCCACAUGGAAACGACAUCAAUGUCACGACUGAGUGUGUGACUGACGUUAUAAACCUCUGAGUGGACAACACCGUCCCCACCAGAACAGACAAACUCUGGAUCACCAAUUAACUAAAGGAACAAAACAAU